UGAGAAGACAGACUGACUGCCUUUCCUUCGGAAACGCUCUGCAAGGAUGUACUCGCUUUGUGUAACGUUGGUGGCACUGUUAAGUUUCCAAGUAGUGGCAUACUGGCAAAAUCGACCCAGACCGCCCUUGUCUCCAUUAUACCCGGGGAUACCACAAAAUCAUUACGGACACGUCUGGAAUGUCUUAAAUACGCAAUUUUACGGAAGGGCACGGAACAAUCAGCUCAAGAACACAAGGGAAGCCGUGAAUCCUAGGCCAACCUCCGAAGCUUUUACCUUUGACGUCUAUCCGCUACCUAAUGGGGGCACCAGGUACACGGUAUACAACUCUCCCGAGAAACCGCGAGACUUAGAGCAUAACCUGACGCAGCCUGAAGACGGAGACAUAGUACAGAUCUGGUCUCCUAUGUCAGUGGAAGGCGGUGGCUAUCUUCGAGUAACUAACCAAAUCGCGCCAAAUGGCGGGUACUACGUCGAUUCGAAAGGAUAUAUAGAAGAUUCUAAUACCAAGUUCCGUUGGUGGACGACAUUUCCGCGACCGUCCCUUAUGGAUGCCGUUGUUUUGCGCAUGAGCAAGACCCAGUUUCUUGGAAACGAGACAGAAGAUGGAUGGUACAUCAUUACCUACUCAUAUUGGGGACCCUCUUAUCCGACAAUCACAGCUAAUAUGGGCACCUGGCUGCCGACAGUUGACCAGAUUUGGAAUCCGACGUUCUUUGGAAAUCAUUUAAGAUUGGAGAAGGCAACAUCCUCUGGUUAUCCGUCCAUCUUCCUUAACGCAAAAAGAUACGGACAGAUUGAAGGAUAUCGUGAAACGGGACGACCGGAAGUUGCCAAACUUUGGCCGAAUCCGGGUACUCUGUUCUUCAUUUACGACCAGGGAAUACAAAAUGACUAAGAAAAUAGAUUAUUUUCGACGGACAUUAAUUUAACAGAUUAUUUUAAAAGAAAACAGGAAGGUAAGAAUUCAUCUGGUAUUUUUGAGUGGGUGUAAUUACAGUUUUAUAGCACCUUUCAAGGGGAACUUCAGAAAAAUAUCGUAACACGAAGCUCACUGUAGUAACUUGUAUGUAGUAGGCGUAUAGUAGAAUAAUGAAUGAACAGAGAUCAUGAAACUGAUGGUAAAUAAAUGAAUACAUCAGAACCGUUUCAAGAACCAAGUGUCGUGUAUUUUUCUCCUUAUAUGAGAACUUCUAAUGCUUGUGUGAUUUAAAUCCUGAUAACUUGCAGCAGAAUAUAGAGUGGCAUCUAAUGUUUUUUUUUCUCAGUGCUUCAAAUGUGUACGUAUAGGUUCUGAAUGAACAUGCUUGACUCCAUUCCAAACAGACCACACACAAACACAAGAACAUAGUUAAAAUAUGUUAUAAAAUAUAUUUUAAUAACAACUUUGUUCAAUAUACAUCUCGUAUAAAAUAUUCGGCCUGUUAUGAACAGAAAGAACAAAUGGAGUUACAUGACGUUAGAUAAAAUGUUACUUGUGCUGGGUGAAUGAAAUAAUUUGUGUUUUAUUGCAUACAUCUCGAUAACAGAUACCCUGCCCGGCUUAGUUUUGUAUAAUGAAGUAACAAAUGGCUUCCGUUUCAUUUGAUAGGAUUUUAUACUGAAUAUGGUUUUAUAUAAUAAUAAUAAUAAUAAUAAUAAUAAUAAUAAUAACAAGAGACUUAAUGUAAGAGAUGAUAUAAAACAAUACUAAUUGAUAGGGACCACACUUGGUCCUUCCGUGGUGUAAAAUGUCUAUUUACCUAUAU